GAUCUCUUGGGAAUACCAAACUCAUCAGUGAUGAAUAUAUUAAGUGGCUUAAGGGCUACUGUGAAGCAUUUUUCUACGGCUUGACAGUAAAACUCCUGGAACCCAUCCCUGUUUCAGCAACAAGAUGUUCCUUUAGAGUCAAUGAUAACACCCAAAACCUACAAAUCCAUGCUGGGGACAUCCUGAAGUUCUUAAAAUGGAAAAAACCCGAAAAUGCUUUCUGUGUCGUGGGGAUCACCAUGAUCGAUCUUUACCCAAGAGACUCCUGGAAUUUUGUCUUUGGACAAGCCUCCUUGACAGACGGUGUGGGGAUAUUCAGCUUCGCCAGGUACAGCAAUGACUUUUACAGCGAGUGCUUCAAAGGCAAAGGGCAGAAGCCAGUGGUAUCUUCCUCCAGCGACUAUUCGGUAUUUGACAACUACUGUGUUCCUGAGAUCACUGGUGUUUUGCUGCUUCGCUCCUGUAAGGAGAAAGCUGAGGCCUUCUGCCCCUGUACAGAGUUGUUGUUUCAGAAACCCAACGGGCGGUCCUACUGUGAAUCACACUCGACGGCAACUUUGACCCACGAGAUCGGACACAUCUUUGGAAUGCGACACUGCCAGUGGCUCUCUUGCCUGAUGCAAGGCUCCAACCACCUGGAGGAAGCUGACCGGCGCCCCCCACACCUCUGUCCCAUCUGCUUGCGCAAGCUGCAGAGCGCCAUUGGCUUCCACAUCGCCGACAGAUACCACGCCUUGUUGAGGUGGAUUGAAGAGGAACCUGCUGACGUCCUUGGAAGAACGCCAAAACCUGCCUGUGAGGAGGCUGGGAAUUGGCCAGAUGGGAUGGCAGCCUUCAAGGAAUGGAAAGAGUGGAUAGUCAGAUGCCUUGCUGUUCUCCAGAAAGAAGGACCUUCAGAUAGGAGUAAUUAAAAUAAAACACUUGCAUAUUAUGCUUUCAUUUUGGCGGUGCAGCUCACUGGAGUCAGCUAUAGGUGGUCCCCGGGAGUGUCCUGGUUCCCGGGAGUGCCCUGGCCAAGUGACAGAGUAGAGCCUGUGUUAGAGCCCCGACCCUGAGCCACACGAUGUGUGCUCUAUUCUUUGGUUGUAGCUGGGCCUGUGGCCGCCCCACUUCCUUUCCCUCCCUUACCUGGGUUUAUGUCUCACAGAGACUCCAACAAGCCAUCACAAGUGAGGAAAUAAACACUUUACAAAUUGC